GAAAAACAUAGAAGAAAAACCAAGAUCUAAACAUGGAAGCCAACACUUUUGCAAGUUUUUCUCCCAACCAUGUUCUCACAUUUUCAAUCUUCAUCUUCUUAGCAAUAUCUAGCAUCACUUUAGCAUGUGAUGAAAAAAAUUCUACAAUCCCUACAAGUUCCACCAAAACCAACUUUUCAUACACUUCCAAAACUCCCUUAAACUCCACCCAAAAAAAUAAUUUCAAAACCUUUAUUAAAAACUCUUGCAACUCAACAACAUAUCCUUACAUAUGCUACAAAUCUUUGUCCCCAUAUGCUUCAAAAAUAGAAGAAAAUCCUUUAAAACUAUGCAACUUCUCUCUCUCGGCCGCGUUAAAGGCGGCUCGCGGCGCGUCGUCCGCCGUAUCAAAGCUUCUAAAAAGCAAUGACAAUCAUUUGUCAAGCAUUGGUGAAGGAGUUGUGCAAGAUUGCUUUGGAAAUUUGAAGGAUUCAAUAGAACAAUUGCAAGAUUCUAUUGAUGCUAUGACACAUUUGGAUGCUGAUUUUGAUAGAGAAUUUCAGAUUAGUAACAUAAAGACUUGGGUUAGUUCUGCCAUUACUAAUGAUCAAACUUGCUAUGAUGGGUUUGAUGAGAUGAAUGUGGAUUCCAUACUUAGGGAUCAAAUUAGAAGAACGGUUUUGAAUGUGGCAAGGAAGACUAGCAAUGCUUUGUAUUUUAUCAACAAUAAUAUAUAUUAAAUUAAGGUAUAUGUUUUUUUGAGGGAAAAUUAAGGUAUAAGUUAA